CCACAGUGCCCUCCCGAAAACCUCCCCUCCCCCCAUUGCGACUUCGACCUCGCCCUACCUGCUCGUGCUCCCCUGCUCCAACUCGGGCCCGCUGUCUCUCCGCCUUUGGAUGGGAGCUCCCCGCUCCUCCCGAACACCACCAUGGCCGAAUCGCCCAUGAUCUCGUGUCCGCUCAAGCAGACCAACGAAAUAGACUGGAUCCGACCCCUCAAGGAUUUCAUCCGUCAGAGUUACGGUGAAGACCCCGACCGCUACAGCUCAGAAUGCGCCACCCUCAACCGCUUGCGCCAGGACAUGAGGGGCGCGGGGAAGGACAGUGCGACGGGUCGCGACUUACUGUAUCGGUAUUAUGGACAACUAGAGCUCCUGGACCUGAGGUUUCCGGUGGAUGAAAACCAUAUUAAGAUCUCUUUCACCUGGUACGAUGCCUUUACCCAGAAAGCCACCUCUCAAUACUCCCUGGCGUUCGAGAAAGCUUCGAUCAUCUUCAACAUCUCCGCUGUUCUUUCGUGCCAUGCAGCCAAUCAGAACCGUGCCGAUGAUACCGGUCUCAAGACUGCCUAUCACUCCUUCCAGGCCUCUGCGGGCAUGUUCACCUAUAUCAACGAGAACUUCCUCCAUGCGCCAUCGACCGACUUGAACCGGGACACCGUGAAAGCCCUGAUUCAUAUCACCCUGGCCCAGGGCCAGGAAGUAUUCUUGGAGAAACAGAUUGCGGAUAAUAAGAAGGCUGGGCUGCUAGCGAAACUCGCUAGCCAGGCCGCCUAUCUGUAUGCCCAGGCUGCUGAAGGAAUGCUAGAGUUCGCAAAGGGUAUCUUUGACAAGGUGUGGACGAUCGUCGUGCAGGCUAAGGCGGCGCACAUGACUUCCGUGGCAUCCUACUACCAGGCUCUGGCAGACAGCGAAACCGGAUCGCAUGGCGUGGCUAUCGCUCGGCUGCAGCUGGCGGAGAAGAACUCGACAGCAGCCCUCGGAUGGGCCAAGUCUUUCCCAUCGUCGGUCUCUCCCAAUGCAAACCUCAGCUCUGAAGCCGGCACCAACCUGCUUGAUCUUAUCAAGUAUCACCUUGCGAAUGUUCAAGCGAAGCUCACCGUGUUCAAGAAGGACAACGACUUCAUCUAUCACCAACCUAUCCCGAGCGAGGCCGGUUUGUCGGCCGUCGCCAAGCUACCCGCUGCCAAGGCCAUUCCUGUCAGUGAACUCUACCAGGGUCAGGAUAUCCAGCGCAUCAUCGGCCCCGAUAUCUUCCAGAAACUCGUUCCGAUGUCCGUCACGGAAACGGCCAGUCUUUACGACGAAGAGAAAGCCAAGCUAAUCCGAGCGGAAACGGAGAAAGUCGAAACGGCGAACGGAGAAAUGGCUGCGAGCCUGGAUUACCUGAAGCUUCCCGGUAGCCUCAACAUCCUCAAGGGUGGGAUGGACCAGGAGAUGACAGUGGAUGAUGAGUUCCGACGCUGGUGCCAGGAGCUGGCGGGCCAUCAACCGUUCACCAAGGCAUUCGAUGGCCUGCAGGAUCGCAAGGCGGAGACAUUGGCUCAAUUGGACCAAUGUUCAAAGCAACUAGACCUAGAGGAAAGCGUAUGCGAGAAGAUGCGCUCAAAGUAUGGAGUGGAGUGGAGUCAGCAACCCAGCGCUAGGCUGAACACCACGCUCCGUGGCGAUAUCCGGACAUACCGGGACACCAUCAACGAAGCCAGUGCUAGUGACUCUCAACUCUUGUCCACUCUCCGGCAAUAUGAGGCGGACUUCGACGAAAUGCGAUCUGCGGGCGAGACAGAAGAAGCCGAGGUUCUCUUCCAGCGCGCAAUGAUCAAAGCUGGAUCCAAGCAUGGCAAGAGCAAGAGCGGGCUUGCUAGCCCAUACGCUUCAGCGCCGGAAGGAAACCUAAUUGACGACGUCUACGAUGAUGGAAGCGCCUCGGUAUCGGAGCAGAUCGGGAAAGUUGAAUCCAUCCUGAAGAAGUUGAACCUGGUCAAGAGGGAACGAGCCCAGGUGUUGAAGGACCUCAAGGAAAAGGUCCACAACGAUGACAUCUCCAACGUGUUGAUCCUGAACAAAAAGACCAUCGCCGGACAGGAAAACCAGCUCUUCGAAGCUGAGCUGGAGAAGUUCCGUCCUCAUCAGAACCGACUGCUCCAGGCCAACCACAAGCAAGCCUCGCUGAUGAAAGAACUCACCAAAAUCUACGGCGACCUGCUGCAGGACAAACGAGUGCGUGCCGAGCAAUCCAAGUAUGAAAGCAUCACCCGCCAACGCAACACUGUGAUGUCCCGAUACAAAAAGAUCCAUGACGCCUUCAACGGCCUAUUGUCGGGAACCGUUCAGGCCCAAACCUUCUACACCGAGAUGGCCGAGACCGUUGAAAGCCUGAAAAAGAACGUUGAGACCUUCAUCAACAACCGACGGUCCGAAGGAGCCCAGCUUCUCGGCCAAAUCGAGCGGGACAAGGCAAGCAAUGUUUCGGAGCAGGAAGACCGUGAGCGGGAAAAGCUGCGGCUUCUGAUGGAGCGCCUGUCCACCGAACCAAAGACCUCAACCACUCCCUCCGCACCCACAGCUCCUUCCAAGGCUAAGUCACCUCCCCCCGCCAUCCAGACGCCCGCAUAUCCCAACCCGGCCCUCUCCUCCCCGAAGAUGUCGCCGCACUUCCCUCCGGGACAGUCGCAUAGCGUCCCGCUCUCGCACUCCCCAGCUCCCUACGGGCAGUACAUGACCCACGGCACGGGCGUCUCCUACCUCCCCAGCCAGCCCUUCCAACAAGGCGCCGCGGCGCCUCUCGGGGAGGGCUACAAUCCCAUGGCCUACCCCGUGCCCCCAUCCGUCUCCCCUCCCCCAAACCAACAAUUCUAUUCCUCCACCCCAGCCCCAUACAGCUACUCCGGUCCCACCCCGCCAGCUGCCCCAUCCUCCUUCAUGCUCCAGGGCUACGUCCCGCCUCCUCCGCCGCCCGCCCCCAGCAAACCACCUACGCCCAUCCACGGGCCCAUACCCGUCCGGUCCCGGAGGCUACGCUCAAGCCCGACCAUACGGCUCAAGCCAGCACCACAAGGUGCACUCGCAGUCGUCGCAGUCCCAGGGCCAGGCAGGGGGUCCUCCGCCGAUCCCUGGGCGGGUCUGAACGCAUGGAAAUGAAAUCAAGGACAUGAGAGAAGUAUGAUAGACUUACUUAACGGAACGGGAUGAUUUGCAUUUUGGCGUUUUUUCCCC